AUGCAUGCUUUGGUCUUAUGCCCUUUUGUUGCUUCAGUUUGGCUUGAUUCCUCUCUCUGCUUUCCUGUUCAUGAUUUUCAUAGUUCUACUUUGCUUGAUUGCCUUGAUCGUUGGCUUGUUAAUGCUACUGCCUAUUUGUCUGACGAUUCAAUAAAAUUAUUUGCCGAUUUAAUAUGGUCCAUCUGUAAUAGUAGAAAUAACCUGAUUUUCAGUAAGAAAAAUAAAAAUCCCUCACAUGUUAUUUCCAAAGCUAGGUUUAUGAUUAUUUUUAGGAACCCUACUGUAUCAGCUUCCCCUUUCAUUAAUGUUAUUGGUGCUACUACAUGGAUGCCCCCUUCACCUUGUUGGAUCAAGUGCAAUACUGAUGGUGCUUUUGACCAUGUGUCUUUGGCUAAUGGUGCAGGUUAUAUUAUGAGAGAUUAUGCUAGAAAACCAUCUUUUUGUGCUCCUAUCACUUUUGAAGUUUAUUCUCCGAAAGAAUCAGAAACCAGGGCCAUAUGGGAAGUUUUGAAAAAAGCUAUUGAGCUGCAACUCACUCACAUCAUUAUUGAAAGUGAUGCGAAAACUCUGAUUGACCAAUUCUCCCUAGGUAAUUUUGAAGGCAAUCAACGGACGGAUGCACUUUUUAAAGACAUUUCAUUUUUUUAG